AUGAAUGGAAUCGAGAUCUUUGCGCCAAUUGACUCGUCGCACCAGUUGUGGCCAGAGGCUACUGCUCCGGCGAAGAUAAUUACAAAGUCUGCUCUGGAGUUUGUGGCAACUCUGCAGAGAACACAUGGAAAGACGAGGAAAGAGCUGUUGGAAGCUCGAAAUGUGCGUCAGCAGGCAAUAGAUAAGGGCACAGCCAGCCUGGGUUUGCUCGACUCGACCGCUCAUAUUCGAAAUGAUGCUAGUUGGAAGGGAGCCAGUUUGGCACCUGGAUUAGAAGACCGAAGAGUCGAGAUCACCGGUCCUCCUGAAAGGAAAAUGAUCGUGAAUGCUUUGAAUGCCGAUGUUUCUACAUACAUGUCAGAUUUCGAGGACUCGCUGGCUCCAACUUGGAGUAAUGUAACUUGGGGCCAGGCACAUCUUUAUGACGCAAUUAGGGGCCAAAUUGGCUUUUCCGACGCUAAAACUGGCAAACAGUACGACAUUCUCAGUCGUCCACACCGAAAACCAGUGACGUUGAUUGUGCGUCCUAGAGGAUGGCAUAUGGAGGAAAAGCAUGUUCUUGUUGACGGCGAGCCUGUAAGUGCAUCGCUAUUUGAUUUUGGUUUGUACUUUUAUCACAAUGCCAAACAGCUGAUUUCGAAUGGCGCCGGCCCUUACUUUUAUGUUCCAAAGAUGGAGUCGCAUCUCGAAGCUCGGCUAUGGAACAACGUUUUCGUCCAAGCACAGGACUUGUUGCAUAUUCCUCAAGGCACCAUCCGUGCAACUGCUUUAUUAGAAACUCUGCCAGGGGCAUUUGAAAUGGAAGAAAUCAUCUACGAACUGCGGGACCACUCGUCCGGACUAAAUUGUGGCCGCUGGGAUUAUAUUUUCUCGACAAUUAAAACACUCAAGAACGACUCUUCACACAUUCUGCCUGACCGAGCAGAUGUGACCAUGUCGGUGCCGUUUAUGAGCGCAUAUGUCAAGAAGCUCGUUGAAGUGUGUCAUAGGCGUGGAGUACACGCCAUGGGCGGAAUGGCUGCGCAAAUUCCAAUUAAAAACGAUAUUCAAGCCAAUGAAGCAGCCAUGGCUCGUGUCAAAGCUGAUAAAUUGAGAGAAGUGAAGGCUGGUCAUGACGGCACAUGGGUCGCCCAUCCAGCACUGGCAUCCAUAGCUAACGACAUUUUCAACCAAUACAUGCCUCAACCCAACCAAAUCUCGUUCAACCCAUUCACCCUCGACAACUACCAGCCACCCACUCCCUCUGACCUCACAAACACCCAUAUCGACGGCGGCAGAAUUACCGAAGCCGGUAUCCGCAAGAACAUCUACAUCGCACUCUGCUACAUGGAAGCCUGGCUCCGAGGCCAAGGAUGUGUGCCCAUCGACUAUCUCAUGGAAGACGCUGCCACCGCCGAAGUGUCUCGUGCUCAAUUGUACCAAUGGGUCAUUCACAAGUGCACUACCCAAGACACCAACAAGCCCAUCACCCCAGAACUAACGACCUCAAUUCUCGCUGAAGAACUAGCAUCUUUAGAAAAAACCGCUUCUCAGCAAAACAAAUUCGCGCAAGCCGCUCGUCACCUGCUCCCCGAAGUGUCCGGCCACCAGUUCAACAAUUUCUUGACCACACUCCUCUACGAUGACAUCACCACCUUAUCUCCUGUCCCCGUCGAUCCCGCCCAACUCGAGGAAUGA